GUCCUGCGUGAGGCGGCUGCGUGUGGCGGCUGCGUCUGGUAGCAGGAGAAGAUGGCCGUUUCCGCAGGAGUUAAAGUUCCUCGGAAUUUUCGCUUGUUGGAAGAACUUGAAGAAGGACAGAAAGGAGUAGGUGAUGGUACGGUUAGCUGGGGCCUUGAAGAUGAUGAAGACAUGACACUUACAAGGUGGACAGGCAUGAUUAUUGGGCCACCAAGGACAAACUAUGAAAACAGAAUAUAUAGCCUGAAAGUAGAAUGUGGAUCUAAAUACCCAGAAGCUCCUCCAUCAGUUAGAUUUGUAACAAAAAUUAAUAUGAAUGGAAUCAAUAAUUCUAGUGGAAUGGUGGAUGCACGAAGCAUACCAGUUUUAGCAAAAUGGCAAAAUUCCUAUAGCAUUAAAGUUGUACUCCAAGAGCUAAGACGUCUAAUGAUGUCCAAAGAAAAUAUGAAGCUUCCACAGCCACCGGAAGGACAGACGUACAACAACUGAUUUUAGUGGAUCUCAAACUUGUCUUAAAUCAACAACUCUUGUUAAUGUCUUGAUUAAAUAUCACCAUGCAAAAUACCCACACAUUAAGUAAAAGAAUUCCAGCUGGUAAACAUGACCUGGACAGUUGUAAGAAUAUAUUUAAUAUAUGUACACCUAUUAUGUUUUCAGGUAACAAGAGAAGUGCAGCACAAUUUUUCUUUCUCUUAAAGCACUGUCAUUUAAACAUGAGCCUGAAGUAUUCAAAAUGAAUUCAGGUUUUCAAGACAAAAGCAUGACAAAGGAGUAUCAGAUGGCAACGGAAACCUUUGUCUCAAGAAGGAAGAACAGAACUGGCAUGCUUUAUCCAUCGUCCUUAGACCACAGUGAACUGUUUAAAGUAGCAGGUAUAAUGAGUAGUCACAAUUGUGUUCACUCUUGAAGUGGUGCGGGUGUGGGUGCUGACUGCUGUAGCAUCAAAAAUAGCUUCAGGAUUGUUUUGAUACCUGUAUUUAUAAUAAAAAGAUGUUUGGGGGGUAUUGAUGAAUCUCUGUUAAAAGCUGUUCCCGUUUGUUACAUGUAACAGACAUGAUAAAUAUUUGUUUACAGUCUUUGUUUAAUAAAACAUGCUUAGAAGUUUUAAGUGAAGUCAACAAAAAAGAAAUAGGUGUAUGGAUAUGUGAUUUUGAGAUUAAAGUUAGUCUUGAAAUGUAAAUAAAAUACGGAAUGUGUCCUCAGAGA